GGUUUCUCCAGGUUGACAGGCAAAGGAAGAGAAUUAGUAACCGACCGCAUUUGAUGGAAGUGGGCACGGUGCUUUUCAGGGGACCAAUGCUUUGACAAGAGGACCGAUUCGUUCAAUCAUCGCCUGACACAGCGGAAAGAAGUUUAAAAUAAGUGUCGGGAAGUCCGAGCGCAGCGUAUGGUUGUGUGAGUUUCAGGGGAACUGAAGCAGGAUGUACCAUGAAGACGGCGCAAACUCUCUCAGACCACGAUAUGGAUCCAUUGUGGAUGAUGAGAGGCAGUCGGCAGAGGAAAUGGAUGAGAGGAGAAGACAGAAUAUUGCUUACGAAUACCUUUGUCACCUAGAAGAAGCCAAACAAUGGAUGGAGGCUUGUCUGGAGGAACAGCUGCCUCCUACCACAGAGCUAGAGGACGGUUUGCGGAAUGGCGUCUACCUUGGCAAACUGGCUAAGUUCUUUGCCCCUCAGUUAGUGACGGAAAAGAAGAUUUAUGACAGGGAUCAAUCUCGCUAUAAGCGCUCAGGACUACACUUCAGACAUACAGAUAACACUGUGCAGUGGCUAAGAGCCAUGGAGUCUGUGGGUUUGCCCAAGAUCUUCUACCCAGAGACAACCGAUGUAUAUGAUCGAAAGAAUAUGCCCAAGGUGAUCUACUGCAUACAUGCACUAAGCCUAUACCUCUAUAAAUUGGGAAUUGCCCCCCAGAUCCAGGACUUGUUGGGAAAAGUCGAUUUUACAGAGGAAGAAAUCAGUAACAUGAGAAAAGAGCUGGAGAAAUAUGGCAUCCAAAUACCCGCCUUCAGCAAGAUUGGGGGCAUCCUGGCCAAUGAGCUUUCAGUAGAUGAAGCAGCGUUACAUGCUGCUAUUUUUGCCAUUAACGAGGCCAUAGAUAAAAGAAAUGCAGAGAGCACGAUGGUCGCUCUGCAGAACCCGAAUGCCCUGCUGAGAAACACACAGAAGCCACUGGCUGAGGCCUACCAGGACACAUUGAGCAAAGCCAAGAAGAGAAAAGACAAUCAGGCCUCAGCACGGCGUUCCUCUAUUGCAACUGAAGAGAGGGAUGUGUAUGAAGAAUUACUGACUCAGCAGGAGAUCCAGUACAGUGUUGACGACGUCAACACAUCAGCAGCUAUUCUACAAAUAAACCAGACUAUUGAUGCUCAGGAUCACAAAGGCCUUUUGGCCAGCCUUAGGUUACCUGCCCUCAGCCUCGUGGGAGUCCUGGACCACAACAGCUUCUGUUACCUGGAGCACUUCACAUUGUACAGAGAAUGUAAAGUUAAGGAUGCUGGUGCGAGUGCUCAGCUGGACAAGGAGGAGAUUCAGAGAGUCGUCACUUCCUGUAACGAGUUGGCAGAGGCCGAGAAAAGAAAGCAGGAAGCAGUUGCUGCGAUCAAUGCAGCGAUUCGACGAGGCAUUCCAGAAGAGACAGUGGAGCAGCUCCUGAACCCUGAGGCCCAGUUACCCAUUGUUUACCACACUGCUGCUAACCUGUACCAGGCUGAACUCUUCAGCCUACAGAUCGGCUCUCAGAACAAGGCUGGUCUCACUCAUGAGGAGUUGUGUGUGGCUGUGGAGAUGCUGUCUGCCGUGUCCGUGUUAAAUGAGGUUUUGGAUACCAAAGACUCUGUGGCUGUGAUCGAGCAGCUCAACGACUCUCCACUGGGCUUCAGUAACCUGGACCCUGAUAACAUGCAAAGAUAUGCCGACACACUGAUAAACCACAGAGCAGAGUCCAUCGCUCAGGGACAAGAGUUUCUCAUCUGGAAUGAUGUGCAGAAGUGCAUCGAUGCUGUCAAUGUCCAGGUUCAUGAGGAGCACGAGAGAGUCAUUGCUAUUGCUGAGAUCAACGAAGCCCUAAAUUCUGGAGAUCCAGAGAAGACACUCGCCACACUGCUCCUCCCUACGGCCAAACUAAAAGAAGUCAACCCAGCUUCAGCCAAACACUAUCACGAUCUACUGCUCCACAUCAAAGACCUCAUCUGCAAGAGCUCCGGAGAUGAAUCUGCAGUACUGUGGCUGGACCAGAUCCAGGACGCAGUGCACACUGCUAACCAGAACCAGGAGGACGCAAUCAAAUUGGCCGAGGCAAUAGCAGACAUUAACAGGGCAAUAUCUGAAGAGGAUACGGAAGCCACACUGACUGCUCUGCAGUGUCCUGAUGCUGGUCUCAGAGCAGUGCUCUCUGAAUGUGCUCAAAUCUACCAGAACCAACUUUCACUGUUACAGAACGCUCAAAUAGAACAAGGGACCAGUGACAGCUCAUGGGUGAAACACAAGAUCAAAGAUAAAUAUGAGUAUUUCUACAACAUUGAAAGCAAAGAAGGGACAUGGGAGGAGCCAGAUUAUUUUAUCCAUAACAGCUCCCAGCUCACGAAAGAAAAUAUCCAGUGCAUUGUAAGUAGCGUAACAGCGGAGUAUAACAGAGAGCAGCUCUGGCUGGCCAAUGAGCCGUUCAUCAUCCAGUUGCAGGCUUUGAUCCGUGGAUAUCUGGUGAGACGGUCGCAGAAAAACAGACUGGAGUACUUGCAAAACCAAGAGCCGAGUGUCAUCAAACUGCAGGCAUCCUGGAAAGGCCACAAGCAGAGGAAGGCCUAUCAAGACAGACUGAAGACGUUUCAAGACAGUGCGGACACUGUGGUCAAGUUACAGUCAUUUGUGAAAAUGUGGAAAGCUAGACAAAAGUACACAAAAAGACUCCAGUACUUCAAAGACCAUGAGAAAGAAAUUGUGAAGAUUCAGGCUUUCCUCAAGGCUAAUAAAGCAAGAGUCGACUACAGAACUUUGACUGGUUCUCAGCAUCCCCCUCUCUCUGUGGUCCGUAAAUUCGUACACUUGCUGGAACAAAGUAGCCUUGACCUACAGGAGGAACAGGAAGUGACACGGCUCAGAGAGGAGGUGGUCACCAAUAUUCGUGAUAAUCAGCAAAUGGAAAAAGAUCUGAAUUUGAUGGAUAUUAAAAUCGGCCUGUUAGUAAAGAACAGGAUCACACUACAGGAUGUGGUGUCACACAGCAAAAAGAUGAAGAGCAAAAAGAAUAAGACGAGUAAAGAGGAUUUGGUCAUGGGGGAAAAGCAGGGCAUUAAAGGUCUGAACAAAGAAAAGAGGAAAAAACUAGAAGCCUAUCAGCAUCUCUUCUACCUUCUCCAAACCAACCCAUCAUACCUGGCCAAGGUCAUCUUCCAGAUGCCCCAGAACAAAUCCACAAAGUUCAUGGACACUGUGAUCUUCACUUUGUAUAACUACGCUUCGAACCAGCGAGAAGAGUACCUGCUGCUUAAGCUUUUUGAGUCCGCCCUACAGGAAGAGAUCAAGUCUAAGGUGGAUCAUAUCCAGGAAAUAGUGACAGGGAACCCUACAGUCAUUAAGAUGGUUUUGAGCUUUUACCGCGGUGCUCGUGGACAAAACGCCCUCAGGCAGCUUCUAGGACCUGUGGUUAAAGAGAUCAUCGAGGACAAGAACCUGGGCAUCAACACAAACCCCAUAGACAUCUACAAGGCUUGGGUCAAUCAGCUGGAGACCGCUACAGGAGAAGCCAGCAAGCUGCCGUAUGAUGUCACGCCAGAGCAGGCUCUGUCACACGAGGAAGUGAGGGCCAAACUGGAAUCCUCCAAUCAGAUGCUGCGCACAGUCACAGACAAAGUGCUGGCUUCUAUCAUGUCAUCGCUGGACACCAUUCCUUAUGGCAUGAGAUAUAUGGCUAAAGUUCUAAAGGACACACUUCAUGAGAAAUUCCCCGAUGCCACAGAGGAUGAAUUAUUAAAGAUUGUAGGGACACUCCUCUAUUACCGUUACAUGAACCCUGCCAUUGUGGCUCCAGAUGGCUUUGACAUCAUCGACAUGACGGCUGGAGGGCAAGUGCACUCAGAGCAGAGGAGGAACCUUGCUUCAGUGGCGAAGAUGUUACAGCAUGCUGCCGCCAACAAGCUGUUUGAGGACGAGAGCGACCACCUCACCCCCAUAAACAGUUACAUCUCCCAGACCUACCAAAGGUUCAGGGGCUUCUUCCAGGCAGCCUGUGAUGUUCCGGCACCAGAGGAGAAGUUUAACGUGGAUGAGUACUCUGACAUGGUGACGCUCAGCAAACCCGUCAUCUACAUUUCCAUUGAGGAGAUCAUCAACACACACUCUCUGGUGUUGGAACAUAAAGAAGCAAUUGCUCCAGAUGACACCGAUCUUCUGCAUGAACUCCUAAGGGAUCUGGGGGAAGUUCCCGACAUCGAGUCCCUACUGGGUGAAGGAGCUGUGGAUCAAAAUGACCCAAACAAAGAGAACUCAGACAGUCAGCUGUCCAAAACUGAGAUCUCCCUCACACUCACCAACAAGUUUGAGCUGCUGGAUGGAGAUGACAGGGACAUGAAGGGAUUGAUGAUGAAAACCAAGAAACUGAUAGUGGAUGUUGUGAGAAUUCAACCAGGAGAGACACUAACUGAUAUCCUAGAAACUCCAGCGUCUCCCGCACAGGAAGCAGAGCAUACUAAACUAGUGGAACGACAAGUGGUGCAAGAUUCUCAGACUCCAGAGGGGUUGAAGAGCAGCCAGGCCGUGCUGGAGGACCGACAGCUGCCUCUGGAGCAGAAGAAGAGGAAGAUCCUCAGGAACUUAAGAACGCUGGAACAGGCUGGUAUUGUCAGCUCAAAACACAAGUACCAGGAAGUCAUCAACGACAUCUCCAAGGACAUUCGAUACCAGAGGCGGUACAGGCAAAGAAGGAAAGCAGAGUUAGUCAAACUGCAGCAGACUCUGACCGCGCUCAAUUCCAAGGCUGCUUUCUUUCAAGAACAGAUCAACUACUAUGACACAUACAUUAAAACCUGCCUGGAUAACCUCAACAGAAAGAACUCACGCAGGUCCAUUAAACUGGACAAAAAGGAGGAAGUGAAGGGCAGUAAGAAGUCCAAGGUCCAAUCUCUGAAGUACACAGCUGCCAAACUGCACGAGAAAGGAGUUGUUUUGGAAAUUGAAGGCCUGCAGACCAAUCAGUUAAAAAAUGUCAUGUUUGACAUUUCGCCCUGUGAGGAAGUCGGUGACUUUGAGAUAAAGGCCAAGUUUAUGGGAGUUGAGAUGGAGAAGGUUCAACUGCAUUUCCAGGACCUGUUGCAGCUCCAAUAUGAGGGAGUAGCUGUCAUGAAAAUGUUCGACAAGGCCAAAGUUAAUGUCAAUCUGCUGAUUUUCCUUUUGAACAAAAAAUUCUAUGGGAAAUGAAAAUCCUGUUGACGAGUUUAAAUGCAGAGAGUUACUAGCUAAAGUCUCCUCUUUAAGUGUUAGUUUACACAGAUUACAAAAAGAAUGAAAGUGCCUUUUAAGCUGUCUUUGUAAAAGUCAUUUCUCUGAGCAUUCGGGGUGUUCGUGCAACUAUUUUUGAAGGUCUUUUGUAUAAACUGCAAAAUUAAAAAUGAAAAUAGCCAUGUCAAGCUGUACAUAGAUAGCUUAUGCGUGACAUCACAUUACUGAUACAUUAAGAGGAAAUUUAAAUACGUCGCAAUUAAAACAAGUUCACCACUCUUUUAUUGAUGAAAGGAAUUGUGUAAGAAUUAUAUUUUUAAAUACACGUAUAAUUGAAAUAUAUUUUAUAGCAAGUUGAUGUGCUAAAAACUGAAGGAAAAAGAUAAAAUUACUUAAAUAAUGCACUACUGCCAUGAGGCCGUUAUAUAAGGUAAACUGGAGGAGGCUUAGAUUGAACUGAACUAGUGCCUUUUAUUUCUGUUGUGCAUCUUUAAAGAUAUGUAUGUAUUGUUUUGUUUUUUUUAAUCAAUCCAACAUUGUCCUUAAUUGAUAAAAUGGAUUAAUGUUAUUGAUUUUAAAAUAAAUAUGACUAUAAUAUGAA